AUGGAGGAGCCCGAGCCUCAGGCGCCGUCACCUCCCCUUGGCGAGCUUCUCAUUGAGCUUGCACCAGAGGACAUUUCUCAUUCUACACACAAUCCACAGAUCAAGGACUGUGUUUAUGUUGCGUCCUAUAGUUGGCUCGAUGCCAAGGGCCCGACUGUGAUCAUUCCUGGACAACCUCCUGCUUGGGCACCUCCUUCCGUGAAUCGUCGACUCGAUCCUGAUAAAGGCAAAUUCUUUCGUGAUCUGAAUGCGGCUCGGUAUCCUAGCUACCCUAUGGAGCCAGCAGUUCAAGCAUUGUUCAAACAGCAUGCACAAUUUCCCACCAAAGAUAUCGACAUUGUUUGUUGCACCAGUGCAUUGGGAAACUUAUCUCGAUUUGCCCGUGGGGUCGAAAAAGACUUCAGGAUUAUCUUGGUAAGGGUAGGGAACACUGUGUUCUUCAUCCGCAGGGAGAAUUCUCCAACGGAGCUGAUACCUAAUGUCCGAGGCUACGGCCAUGCCUUCCUCGAAGAGUACACAAUGUGGGAGAAACAUGUGAAAGGGUCCAAGUCUCAUCAGAGAGUCAUCCAGUACGAUUUUGGAGGAUUGCGUUUGUUGGUUCGCUUUGAAACGGAUGGGUACUUUCGAGGAGAAGUCAAAAGGUCAGACCCGCAAUUAAAGGAAAGUUUCUUAGUCGAAGCUCUCGACAGAGCGUCGGUUGGCGAUUUGAGAACAAAGGUCCACGAAUGCCUUCAUGAUGAAGAAGGUGGUCAAGCGAUUACUCAAGAGAGUAUUUUCGAUAUCAAGACACGGUCCGCAUUUGACUUUGAAACUCGCAGGGUCAAGAAGGAGAUUGACAUGACCGACAUCAUAUCGAGGCUCUGGAUUUCCCAAAUUCCAACACUUAUUGUUGGGUUUCACGAUCGUGGUUUAUUCGAAGACAUCCGUAUAAAAGACAUGCGUACGGAAAUAAGAGAGUGGGAAGCGGAGAACACCGAGAACCUGUGCAAACUUGCAUCGUUGCUGUACGAGCUGGUUGAAAGCGCUAGAACGUCCAGGACUAAUCUGGAAAUAUGCCGACGCGGAUCGGGGCCUCUGGAGGUUAGGCGACUCGCAGACGAAGGAUUUGAAGCUCUUCCCCCUGAGUUGAAAAUCAGGUGGGUGGGAGAACCUGAAGAGAGUGAGGAGACGAGUCCAGAGGAUGGGGGCUCCUUAAAUUCCGAGGACGGCUCUGGCAAACAUAUUGCUUCAGCGCUUGCGAUCGAUAUUCGUGCCCGGGGAACAGACUCGGACGAUGAGUCUGUGAAAGAUUACACUGCGUGUUCGCUUGAAGGCUGUGGAUAUUGUGGUCACUGCCCUUACUAG